GAGUGGUGGGGCAUGAACGUGCGGCGCCCACCGGAAGCACCGGACGACCUGCGGCGCCGGCCCGGGAGGGCGUUCUCGUCGAAGUAUGCCCUGGAGCUGCCACCGCCCGUCAGCGGCAGCUUCGCGACGCUCCCCCGGCGCCGCGCAGCGGUGGCGAAGAAGCAGGCGGAGCUCCGGCGCCAGGCGCUGGUCGAAGUUGCACUGGAGCGCCAGAUCUGGCUCGAGAACGCGGAGAAGGACCGCAUUGCGCGGACCAUCGUCCGCAUCGCGCGGCGCCUGGACGGGGAGCGCCGGGCUGUGAUUGCUCGGGAGGACGCGGCCUUCCGCGCCGGCGCGCGCGAGGCCGCCGUGGCGAUCGAAACGUGCUGGCGCCGGCACGCGCGGUCGAGCGCCUGGCCGCGCGUCAAGGCCGCUUAUUUUAGGGUCCUGGACGCGUGGGCGCAGCUGUACCGCGCCGCGCGCGAGGACGCGGCGCUGCGAGCGCGGCGACGGGCGGCGCGGGCACAGGUCGCGACGCCGCUCCAGACCCUGUGGCGCGCGCGCCUCGCGCGCCGCGAGCUGGCGCGGCGGCGACGCGCGCGCGACCUCAUGACGAGAUUCAUCACUGAAGGAGUCAUACCGCUCCAGACCAAGUGCCGCAUGCUCCUCGCGCGCCGCGAGCUUUUACGGCGGCGGCGCGAGCUCGAGCGGCGGCGCCGCGCGGAGCGCGCGCGGCAGCAGGCCUACGUCAUCGCGACGCGCGCGGUGCGGCGGUGGCUGCGGUGGCGGUUCCUCCAGAAGGUCCGGCGGUGCGUGCAUCUCCACCUCGCGCGGCACCGGCUGCUGCAGCGAUCCAUGCAAACCGUCGCGAGCGCGGUCGCGCGACCGCCGGUCCGCGAGGCGGUCGCGCUCGUCGCGGUCGCAACUGCGUGCGCGGGCGCUUCCAUGAGCGAGGCGGUCGCGGUCGCCGCGGAGCGGGAGCGCGUCGCCGAAGAGCAGCGCCGCUGGGAGGAGGAACUGCGACGCCAGAUCGCCGCGGCCAUCGAAGCGGCCAAGGCCCGCGUCGCGACGCCGCUCCAGACCCGGUUCCGCGCGCGGCGCGCGCGGCGGCGCUACGUCGCGAUCUGUGUGGAAAUCAAAAUUUUACGGCGCGUAGGCGUCGCGUCGAUGGCGUGGUGAUGCCGGUUCCUCACACAGGUCGCGAUGCGGGCCGCCGCGGUGCGCAUCGCGGGCUGGCGGCGGCGGCUGGCCUGGGCGCGGUUGUGCGCGGCCGAGGCACGGCGGCGCGAGGAGGAACGGCAACGGCGCGCGCUGCAGGUGAUCUGGAAGGUCGUCGUCCCGUGGCUGGCGCGGCGGGCGCUGCGAUUUAAGAAGCGGCGCCUCGCGGUGCUGCGAGGGAUGAUCCGGGUCAAGGGCUACGCGCGGCGGCAGGCGACGCGCCAGGAUCACUGGUGGGACCUGGCCGGCGAGCGCGCGCUCGACGUCGCCGGGGAGAGCUACCGGGCGGCGAAGGAGGCCGCUCGCCUCGCGACGGCCAUGGCGCAGCACGCCGUCACGGUCUGUGUGGAAAUCAAAAUUUUACGGCGCGUUCGUGCUGAAUCGCCGCGUCGUCCUCCACGCCAUCGAUGCGACGCCUGCUCGAUGGCGUGGCGACGCCGGUUCCUCACUGCACGACGGAGCCACCAAAGGUAGCGUCAUCGCCGAGAAAUGACGUAGUGAAGAAUUAUCGGGUGCACCCAACGCACUGGUUGAUUUCCACACAGGUCACGGUGUGGAAACAGACCCAGGAGCUCGACCGCCGCCUGAACAUGCUCAUGAUCGCGCGCGCGCAGCGCCUCGCCGCGCGGGCGGCGAAGCGGGUGCGCGAGAUCGACCUCAGCGGCGUCCCCAAGUUCUGCCGGACCCUGCCGCGCCGGUUCGCGCUGAAGCGCUUCGAGGACGAGCGGUUGCAGAUCCUACAGCGGAGCACGCAACGGGUCGCGUUCCUGAGGCAGCUCGCGGCCCGCGCGCCGAAGCCGGCCGAGGCCGCGCCCGCGCCCGUUUUCAAGCCGCGGUGGAAGAAGCCGCGGACACGGCCGCCACCGCCGGAGCCGGAACCGGCCGCGCCGCCCGCGCGACGAGCGACGCGGCUGCUCAGCGCCGUGCGGUGGGGGCGCAUCCAGGCGGUGCACGCGGGGACGGCGCCGACGAGGCCUCCGCCGCCGCCGCCUUGCUGAAACGCCGAGUAAUUUGAGAUUGUUAGUGAACCUUGAC